AUGGAAAACUUCACUAAUGUCCUCAGCAACCUAUCACAUAACAACAACCCUGUGUACCCGACCGCUUUGCUUUCCCCAACCCCCGCUCCUGGUUUGUCACCAGACACUGAACGCAACUCUGUUCUCUCUGGCACAUCACAAUCAUCUUCUAAUCAUCACAGUAACCUCGACGAGGUGUUGUCUACACUCUACGAUGAUGAUCCCUACAACACUGCCCUCCCUGGCAAUGUUACCCACAAAGACGAUCACGAAUACGAUGACCAUUACUAUAGUGGGAGCUUCGACAACCUACAGUAUUCCUUCAGACUGGAAGAGUUCGCGCAGAGGUCGGCCGCGAUGCGUAAUUCAAAUAUGGUGCCGUGGCAGAACUGCUUCCAAAGCUUCUGGGAGAAAGUUAAGAAUGAGACGCUGGACUACAGAAAUUGUCAAUACAAGUUCGAUGGCGCCUCCUGCUGGCCAGAGACAGGACCAGGGUCUCUGUCAACCAUCUCUUGCUUCGCCGAGCUCAACGGAGUUCUUUAUGACACCAGACAGAACGCGACGCUUCAGUGCUUCGACAACGGCUCCUGGGCGACCCAAGCCAACUACGACCACUGCAGCGAGCUGGUGCCCCUCGUGUCGGUAGAGCACGGACAGUCUGGCAAGACGAAGCUCUUGAUCUUCUACGUGGGCUACAGCGUCAGUCUCGUAGCCGUGCUCAUCGCUCUCGCUGUCUUCGCCGCCCUCAAAGACUUGAGGUGCCUGCGCAACACCAUCCACGCCAACCUCCUGGCCACUUAUCUGCUCCACAACUUGCUGUGGCUCACGUCUGCUUCCAUCUUGUUCCACGUCCACGAGAAGGUUGACUGCGUCUUCUGCGUGCUGCUCAAGUACGCUGAGCUCGCCAACUUCAUGUGGAUGUUUGUUGAAGGUCUGUACUUGUACGUGUUGGUGGUGAAGACGUUCUCCGUGGAGAACAUCAAGCUCAAGGUCUACCUCGUCAUCGGCUGGGUUGGUGGAGCACCCAUAAUAUUGGCCUGGGUGCUGGCGCGAUACUUCGCCCUGCCAUCUGGCAGCGCGUCGACCAUGGGCCACGAGGCGGUGAGCGUAGGUUGCUUCCUGCACCAUGAGAGCGACCUGAACUGGGUGGUCAGAGUGCCAGUGUUUGCUGUGCUGGCCACCAACAUACUCUUCGUGUGCCGUAUUAUGUGGGUGAGUGGCCACCAACAUACUCGUCGUGUGUCGUAUUAUGUGGUAAUUUGGUGCGUGUUGUGUUCUCAGGGUCUGUGGGUGGCGCUGUUCUACUGUUUCCUGAACAGUGAGGUGCAGAACAGUAUUCGCCACCACAUCGCGCGGUGGAGAAACGAGCGCGGCCUACUGAACAACAAUCGCUCCUUGGAGAAGCUGGGGCGAGAUACGUCGCCUCGUGCUAACAGAUUGUCCAGGUACAGUCGACGGUUCUUUGCUGGCAUGGGCAACAAGCGAGAGUCCGUUUGUUCAGAAGUAACAACCACAACAACAUUCAUCACCAAUGGCAGUAACCAGCCUCACCAUAACUUUCACCAUCAGAAGACAAGUAAGCAGCUUCUCCCACUUCACCAUUUCCAAGCACCCACCGGCUCAGGAGCCCUACAGCCUCGCCACUUUCGUCACUCUCAGCCAAAUUUAUCACAAGUUUCAUACUUCAACACAACACGCAACUCAGCUGAAGUGCACGACAUCCACACGACCAGCACCGAUGUCAAUGCAGACAACCUCCUGCCGGCGUAUCGGCCGGUGUCCGGCACCUCGAGCCGAGCGUUGAGUCCCUUCGAUCCUCCUAAUAUCCCCUUGAUAACCCCACCAAUCCUGACCCCAUCUGGGGAUACCCAGCACGAUAACGACCCCAGCGGUCUCCUCUUACAAAUGGGUUUGUCCACAUCAGCGACAUCGACGCUAGCGCAAACUUCCGACAACCGCUCAGUUUCAUCAUCGGACAUUUCGUGUAAAGCAAAGGACCUGACGCGCUAUGUUGAUCAAUUCAACAGCCAUCAGGCGACAGAGACCCAGUGUUCAACACCCGAUAUCAGUUCGACCGUCCCUUGUGUUAUAACUACGCCCCACGCACCAGCAUGCAGUUCAGCGAGGCCGUACCUCGAGAAAAUAGAAUCUGUGAGCUCGCGAGAAGAAGCUGCUGAGUUUGCAGACAGAACUUCUUACGACGAGGAGGCUGCCCUGUUCAGCAACGCAACUGAACCUUUGUUAUAAUCGUCGCACCAGAAUAUUAUUCAUAUAUGUUUAAUGUGUAAUUCCCUACGAGAUUAUUUGGAACGUCAGAAUGUGUUGGACUCUUACGUAGAGUGAACACUGAACAGGGUAUAAUUCUUAUUAUGGGCUUACAUUUCCCUAGUCUUUGGAUCACUUGAGACUGAUCAGCCAUUGAUAUCUGCAGAUAUUUCUGGAGAUAACAAAUUAUAGCAAAGCGCUUGAUCAGGUCUUGCAUUGAAUAUUUGAUGGUUUUUCUAUUAUUUGAUAAUAUAUAAAAAUUUAUAUAUAUCCGCAAAUAUCAUACGGACUCUGAAUGAGAAGCGCUGAUCUCAAGAUAACCGCUUCCGAUAUAUGUAUAUCGCAUAAAUGUGGGGUUAGGGUUAUAGAUUUGUUUAAUUAUAGUUAUAACAAUGUUAAUGUAUAAAUUAUAGGCAAAGAACAUUAAGUCUCAGCCUUAAAUUUCUCUGUACCAGGAAGCUUAAACCGCAUUAUGGAACGUAUUUUCCUAGACUAUUCUAAUCUUGAUGGGCUUUUACAUGUUUAGAAUUCGAUUUAAUUCAAAUUACUGUUUUACGA